CCAACCAACCCUCCGGCAACUGCACCUCCACAACCUUCCUUAUUUGCUCCACUUCUCUUGUUGUGGAAAUGGCGGGCUUGACGUCCACAGGGACAGCGGCCAUUUCGGGUCUGACGCCCACGGCGCCAGCUCCGCCAACAGCAACGGCCCUGAUGCCAGCGCCAACGGCAACAGCCCUGAUGCCCACGGCGGUGCAGCCCAAGUUGCAACUGAUAAAGAGCGACCGCUCCGCCCACCUCUUCUCCUCCUCCGACGACAAGGCGGUGGUGAAGCAGAUCAUCGCCACGCACUCCCCGGACGGGAGGGAGAUCGAUACGAGGUCGCUCUUGCGGCUCGUGGAGGACAUUCUGCAGAGGGCCACUCCCACCGUCAUUUUGACGCCUCAAACGCACCAGGAGCUAGUGGACGACAAGGUGCAUCACAUUGAUGUUGUCGGAAUGCUCGAAGCCUUGGCGUACACCAUUCACAGGAUUUCUUGCGAGAUAACCUGCAAGUGCUCCGGCGGCGGCGACGCCCAUUCGACCACCAUGGUGCUGUUCAACUCGCUGACUUCCUACACUUGGGAUGCCAAGGUGGUGAUCGCGAUGGCGGCGUUUGCGGUGAGCUACGGCGAGUUCUGGCUCACCGCCCAGCUCCACACCGUGAACCCUCUGGCGAAGUCGGUGGCGCUGCUCAAGCAGCUGCCGGACAUCCUGGAGCACACCGACGCGCUGAAGCCACGCUUCGACGCCCUUAAUAACCUCAUCAGGGUCAUGCUCGACGUCACCAAAUGCAUCAUACAGUUCAAGGACAUCCCCUCCGACUACAUCUCGCUGGAAAAUCCCGACAUGGCCAUGGCCCUCGCUCAUAUUCCCACCGCUGUCUACUGGACCAUAAGAAGCGUCGUCGCCUGUUCUUCUCAGAUCAUCUCCCUCAUCGGAUUGGGCCACGAGUACAUUACUGCGACAACAGAGGCGUGGGAGCUCUCCAGUUUAGCCCACAAACUUAGCAACAUUCAUGGGCACCUCAUGAAGCAACUUGAAUUGCUAUAUCGAUACAUUGGGGAGAAGAAGCACGUGGAGGCGUUCCAAACGCUGCUGCGGCUGUUCGAGGCAGUGCACAUCGACAACAUGAAGAUCCUCAAGGCAAUGAUCUCGUCCAAGGACGAGCUGCCGCUGGUGGACGGGGCGACGAAGAAACGGGUGAGCGUCGACGUGCUGAGGAGGAAGAUCGUGAUGCUGUUCAUCUCCGACCUCGACAUCUCGCACGAGGAGCUCUUCGUGCUCAUCCAGAUCUACAACGACACUCACCAGCAUAGAGCGGAUCGCAACUACGAGGUCGUCUGGUUGCCGGUGACCGACCGGCACUUCCCCUGGGACAACUCCAAGGAGGAGACCUUCAACAGGUUGGUGUCCAACAUGCCGUGGUACUCGCUUUACCAUCCGUCGUUGCUGGAGCCGGCGGUGGUGAGGUACAUCAGGGAGAUAUGGCACUUCGACAAGAGGCCGCAGCUGGUGGUGCUGGAUCCUCAGGGGAAGGUGGUGUGCCCCAAUGCGCUGCACAUGAUGUGGAUCUGGGGCAGCCUGGCUUUUCCCUUCACCAGCAACAGAGAGGAGGCGCUGUGGAAAGACGAGACUUGGCGACUCGAGUUCUUGGUCGACGAAAUCGACCCCGUCUUGCUCGGAUGGAUAAGAGAAGGGCGGCAUGUGUGCCUGUACGGGGGGGAGGACAUCGCAUGGAUCCGGCAGUUCACGACGGCGAUGAGGCGGGUGUCGCAGGAGGCGCGGGUGCCGCUGGAGAUGGUGUACGUGGGAAAGAGCAGCCCGAGGGACAGGGUGAGGAAGGCGAUCACUGUGAUCGCGAACGAGAAGCUGAGCGGGUACUGGCAGGACCCGGUGAUGGUCUGGUUCUUCUGGGUGCGGCUGGAGAGCAUGUGGCACUCCAAGAUGCAGCACGGGCGGACGAUCGAUAACGACCCCAUCAUGCAGGAGGUGGUGACGAUGCUGACGUUCGACGGCGGAGACGAAGGGUGGGCGAUCGUCAGCCGGGGGUCGCUGGACAUGGUGAAGGCGAACGGGCGGAAGAUGGUGGAUUGCCUGGGCCAGUUCGACAAGUGGAAGGCCAACGUGGAAUCGGAGGGGUUCGUGCCGGCGCUGACCAACGCGCUGGUGCCGUUCCAGACGACGGAGCACUGCAGCCGCCUCAUCCUUCCGGGCGACAUCGGCAGGAUCAAGGAGCGGGUGGUGUGCGCCGAGUGCAAGCGCCCAAUGGAGAAGUUCGUCCUAUAUCGCUGCUGCAACGACUGAGCUCGAUGAAUUGGAUUGGAAUAAAGAGAAAGAAAUGUGGGUCUGUGUACUCUGUGUGUGUUUGUUUGUUUGUGAGCAGCCAUUGAGUUUGUAGCUGCAAUUUGAUGCAUGUUUUGCGGUGCCUUAAUUAUUUGAUCUGUGCGAGUGAGUGCCACAUAUAUGUAUGUGGACAUCUAUCUAGCUAGUCUACUAAUUAAGUGUGUUCCUCUGUCUGCAUUCAAUAAAGUUGUCUCUGUUUUAAUUA